GCUUGUCGUCUCAAUUUCCGGUCCGGACAUGGCUGCUGCUGGAUGCAGGAAGCAGAGAGGCUGUUGUGCACAAUCUUGAACAACAGCAGACAUUUUCUAAAUAAAAAUUUAACUGGUCGAUCUGCAAGUCCCGGGCAGUCCGGCUUAUAGUUGUCGCAGACAUAAUAUUUCUGUCGGAAACAAACAAUGGCAGCUACAGCUCAACUAUUCGAGGAACCUUUUGAUGCAGAUGAGUACAUAGAGAGACUGGCAUGGAGGACCCCUGGUGGGGGUUCUAAAGGGGGUGCUGAGGCGUUUGACCCCAAAAGGCUGCUAGAAGAGUUUGAGAACCACAUCGAGGAGCUGAAACAGCUGGACGAGCGCAUCCAGCGCCGGGUGGAGAAACUGGAGCAGCAGUGUCACCGGGAGGCUAAGGAGUUCGCCCGCAAAGUGCAGGACCUCCAGAGGAGCAACCAGGUGGCUUUCCAGCAUUUUCAGGAGCUGGAUGAGCACAUCAGCUAUGUGGCGACCAAGGUGUGUCACCUUGGCGACCAGCUGGAAGGUGUGAACACGCCACGGCAGAGAGCAGUGGAGGCCCAGCGCCUCAUGACUUACUUCAACGAGUUCCUGGACGGGGAGCUGCGCAGCGAUGUGUUCAACAACCCGGACAAGAUUAAAGAAGCUGCUGAUAUUAUUCAGAAGCUGCACCUCAUCGCUCAGGAGCUGCCCUUUGACAGGUUUGCUGAUGUAAAGGCCAAAAUAGCCAGUAAAUAUCAUGACCUGGAGCGUCAGCUGAUCCAGGAGUUUACAGCUGCCCAGCGCAGGGGGGAGAUCGGCCGCAUGCGGGAGGUGGCUGCUGUGCUGCUUCACUUCAAGGGCUAUGCACAUUGCGUCGACGUCUACAUUAAGCAGUGCCAGGAGGGGGCCUACGUACGGAGCGACGUCUUCGAAGACACGGCCAUCUUGUGCCAGCGGGUCAACAAGCAGGUGGGCGAGGUCUUCUGCAGCCCCGAGACCGUUAUGGCCAAACUGAUCCAAAACAUCUUCGAGAACAAACUGCAGGCCCAUGUGAGAGAGAAGCUGGAGGAGACCCGGCGGUCUGACUCGGAGCAGUACCUCAAGAACCUGUAUGACCUCUACACCAGGACCACGACUCUGGCCACCAAGCUGACGGAGUUCAACCUGGGCUCGGACAAGCACACCUUCCUGUCCAAGCUGAUCAAGAACAUAUUCUUCUCGCACCUGGAGAGCUACAUGGACAUGGAGCGAGAGUAUCUGCGCACACGCAGUGCCAUGAUCCUCCAACGCUACUACGACUCAAAGAACCACCAGAAGCGCCCGCUGGGCACCGGCAGCAUCCAGGAGCUGAAGGAGCGGAUCCGACAGCGCACCAACCUGCCGCUGGGGCCCAGCAUCGACACCCACGGGGAGACCUUCCUGUCCCAGGAGGUGGUGGUCAACCUGCUGCAGGAGACACGCCACGCCUUCGAGCGCUGCCAUAGGCUGUCAGAUCCCUCAGACCUCCCCAAGAAUGCCUUCUCCAUCUUCCUGCUGCUGGUGGAGCACCUGUGUGUCGACCACAUCGACUACGCCCUGGAGAUUGGCCUGUCAGCUAUCCCUUCCUCGGAUGCCAAGAACGCCAACCUCUACUUCCUGGAUGUGGUCCAGCAGGCCAACACCAUAUUCCACCUCUUCGACAAGCAGUUUAACGACCACCUAAUGCCCCUUAUCAGCUCUUCCCCCAAGCUCACCGAGUGUCUACACAAGAAGAAAGAAGUGAUUGAGCAGAUGGAGGUGAAGCUGGACACCGGCAUUGACAGGACUCUGAACUGCAUGGUGGGCCAGAUGAAGCACAUUCUCACGGAGCAGAAGAAGACGGACUUCAAGCCGGAGGACGAGAACAACGUCAUGAUCCAGUACACCACUGCCUGCUCCAAGGUUUGCGCCUACGUCAGCAAGCAGGUGGAGAAGGUGCGUCAGUCCAUGGACGGGAAGAACGUGGACACGGUGCUGACGGAGCUGGGCGUGCGUUUCCAUCGCCUCAUCCACGAGCACCUGCAGCAGUUCAGCUACAGCUCCAUGGGAGGCAUGCUGGCCAUCUGCGACGUGGCCGAGUACCGCCGCUGCGCCAAAGACUUCCGGGUCCCUCUGGUACUGCAGCUCUUCGACACUCUCCAUGCUCUUUGUAAUCUUCUUGUGGUUGCCGCUGACAACCUGAAGCAGGUGUGCUCAGGGGAGCAGCUUACUAACCUGGACCGAAACUUGCUGCACGCCUUCGUCCAGCUGAGAGCUGACUAUCGCUCCUCUCGGCUGGGCCGCCAUUUCAGCUAGUGUCCACCAGGGGUCCCUGUAACUUCCUUGUAGCCAAUGACACUACUGCCCAAUCACACCCCACCUUCCAUAUUUCUGUAUGUACCCUCUAUACUCAACAGCAUAAUCCCCAAGUCCAAACUUCCCCAGUGUCCCUAGACAGCCAAUCAAGAGCGAUAUUAAAAUAAUGCACCUGUAUCUCAGUCAACUUUUCCUUCUGGCCUAUCGUAGACUUCCAGAGGAACUCGCCCAGUGUGGGUCUGGAUUUGCGCACUUUUUCAAAAUAUUCAAACCUGCACUGACUGCAAUGCCGUUCUGCUCAUUCCCAUUUUACUGGGUCUAGUUUAACUCAGAAUUAUAAUCCCUCUAAUAUUGACAGUCACCAAUUGAGAGCAUUUCAUCUGUCCUAUAUACUGGUUGUUUUUAAAAUAACCAUAGCCGUAUUAGAUAGACAAGAGAGACUGAACCGUUGAAGUUUUAGGAGCAAAUUUUUGUUCCUUUUUGUUUUUUUGCUUUGAUUGUGCCAAAUAUGAGUGCUGUGUCUCCACUGACACAAGGAGAGCCUGCCGGUCGACCUAGCUAACGUCUCCAAAGCACUGCUUGUUUUUGGAUGGGGGGGUCGCUACGGGCCAGCUCUGCUCUGGGAAACGGACUGGAACUAAACACGGCCGCGGCCCAUUCUCCGAGCCGUUCCCAGGCCAGAGACCGCCGCGCCAGGCGCAGAGAGGGACUGCUGCCGUGCCCUUUGACCUUUCAGGGGAGGUUAGGCUCAGUGUCGAGAACAUGGUGGUCUCCGCGCUAAUCGGGUCUGAUGUAUGCCCAGGUGACCGGCUCGCCUCUCCGGUCAAGGUGGAUGCACCAAAAGCCGGUUCACCACCGAGAUCAGAGAGCGGUCAAGGCUCACUACAGGACACACACAGACACCCCCGUGCACUUGAGUAGGCUCCUCGCUGUAAUCCAGAAUGGACCUCUCUCUCGACUCACUACACUACUUAAGUGUUUUUAAAGAACCUUUGUUACAUCUUCUUUUGUCUGCGCUCUGUAGAAUCUACAGUAGUUGAUGGUCACAAUUGGGGCAGCAUGACGUUUUUGUUUCUGUUGAGUCACUAAGGCCCAAAGCCGGGUUGUCCUUGCCUCAUCCCCAUGCUGCCACUGUACAGCUCCUCGCCUUUAUUAAUGAUUAAUAAAGAAAUGGUUAUGUUGUGUUAAA